UUCCUCUGCUUUCGCUUACUAAUGAUACCCCUAAGGUAAAAUCAUUCUAUAGGUGCUCCGAUCAUACUAGAUAUAUAUCUGAUUACCUUAAUGCAGCUUGUCCCACUUGUCGCUCCGCAAUGGCCACUCCGGUAACCUUUGUUGCCGGGCCAACAAAUAGCUCAAACGUUAGUACAACUGAUGCAACAUCGAGCAGUGGAAGUGGGGGUUAUGUGAAAGAGGUUUCGAUUUAUAUGGUGAUGGAUAAUUUGGAGGUGAAACCCAUGUCAAACAUUUCUGCUAUCAGUCUUUUGAACAAGUUCCAUGUCAAAGAUUUCACUUCCUUGGUGGAGAAAGAGGUUGAACUUGGUCUUGAGGAGGGUAUAGCAAUUCUGAAGGCGUCUCUGGAGACCCGAGCUGUGUUGACUACUGUCUUCUUUGGAAAGAAGGUUUAUGGCUUCAAAUCUAGCUAGAGCUAUCAUAUGGUUCUGAAUUUCAUGCUAAGAGAUUUUAUUAUGAACUUCGGGUUAUCUUCUCUGGAACACUGUUCAUUUUCUUUGC